AUGGGUUUGAGGCCUAUGUUCAGUCCUCUGAGAGAGGAGAAACGACCUUUGAGAAGAAUGAGAAGUCCGCCUAGACCCAGAAUAACUGGUUCGUUUAGGCAGAGGUUUGGAGGAAGAUUUUACAGACCACGAUUCAUAAGGGACGAUCAUUCAUUCCGGAAGCCCCACUUCAGUUUUGGUUUCCAGAGAUACCACUCCUUCACCUCCCGCCCACGGUUUCACUGGAGAGAGCAGUCCGGCCCCCCGGGGCCCCCAGGGCCACCACAAGGCCCCAACAGCCAGUACAAUGACCAGAGGAACAUGGACAGGAACUCCCCCGCCAGGUCCUCGCCUAAAGAACACACCAGUGCUCUCAGGUCUUCUGCAGGCGCCAGCAGAGAGAAGGAGAAGCAGCCUGUGUCGUUCUACGUGUCUCAAAAGAAGGAGAGAUCCCACAGCAGAGAGGGAGAAAGAGAGAGGGAUAGAGAGCUCCCCUCCACCAUGAGCAGGGCCACAGCACGAAACAGAUCCAUCCAACAGAAGAGGAAAGAAAUAGAACAGGUUUACCGUCAGGACUGUGACACGUUUGGUGUGGUGGUAAAGAUGCUGAUAGCCAAAGACCCCUCCCUGGAGCAGCCCAUUCAGUCGUCUCUACAGGAGAACCUCAGGGAGAUCGGCCUGCGCUGUGUAGAGGCCAUGCAACAGUUCAUUGAGGAGUAUGACACAAGGGAACCAUCACCACAGUGAUACGCACACACACCUUUGUCUUAACCUGUGUAAGAGGCCGGCUUGUCUACCAAAACACUGAUUGUGUGUAUACAUGCUGAUUGGGUAUGUAAACUCGUGAGCUGGUCUGUCCUAGUGUCCUUGGUCAGUCAGGUCAAAGUCACUCCUGGUGCUCAGCCUUCUGGAAGCUCUGUCUUGGCCAGUGAUCUGUGACUGCUACUGAAACUCAAUAAUUUAUGAUGUUUGUCAACUUUCAAUAUUGCUCUUGACAAUGUGAUGGAAGAUAUAUCUGUUG